AUGAAAAUCUCCGGCAUCAUCCUCGCCUUCACCGAAGCUUCUUCCCUCUCUUGGAUUGGCAUCCGAUCCUGGACUGGCGAUAUCUGCGCCUAUUCCGGUCUUACUUCUCAGCAAGCAAACCUGUGUCGACGCAACAAAUUCAUCGCCCCUGCAAUCAAAAAUGCCGCUCAAAUUGCCACUUCUGCCUGCUUCGAUUCUAUGUCUGACACUCUCUGGGGCUGCAAUGGUAUCAAAACUCUUCCCAAAGAGCAACCCGAGCUUGAACAUCCAACCCAAGAAAGUGCCUAUCUCCACGCUCUCGCUACUGGUCAUCUCAAGAAUUCGUUAGAAAAGUUCUGCAAAAUGGGCUCAGCCGACUGCGAGAAAUUCAAUGCCGAACAGUUUGCUCUUGAAUUCACCGAUGUUGCCGCUUUCAAAAAGAAGCACUUCCUCUUCGGACUUCACAACAACAAAAUCGGUCGACACGCCGCUGAGAGCGCCAAAAAUGUCGUCUGCAAGUGCCACGGUCCUUCUGGAAGCUGCGCUCAGAAAACCUGCUGGAAAGCGACUACUAACGAAGCUAAGAUGAACAAAAUCAUCAAAGACAAAUACGAAUCUGCUGCUCGAAUUCACCAACGACAGCUCGAAAUUCUCCCCCAAGCAGUUUUCUCCUCUCUUAUCAACGAUCGACUCAUCUUCGGAAAGAAAUCCCCAAAUUUUUGUGAAGUCACCCGAGGCCGAGUUUGCGAUGCAACAAAAUCUUACGGACCAGGAAGCUGCGACGAGCUCUGCUGCGGACGAGGAUCGAUUGAGAAGAUCUCUAUCGAAACUGAAGAAGUCUGCACUAUGGAAUUCGUCAAAGUAGAUGGUUUCUCGUGGCCAGUCGGAGUUUCCUGCAAAGAUAUGUUCUACCAGAAAACUACCAACACCUGCCGUUAA